AUGACUGCUCCUUAUCGAUCCAAGCCCCCUGUGAACGAUAAUGACUACGAAGUCAACCAGGAUCCAACCCGUUUGAACAGAGUCUACAACAACAUACUCGGUGGAAAUGGGGACAGAACUAUUACGGAGGAAGUGAAGUGGCUGGCCGUAACACAUAAAAGAAGGAGAAUCGUGGAGCUACAAGCCUCUCUGUCACUACUUCAUGGCCGCUCCGCUACGUCCGUAAAGCUACCAGAUGACGGCUACGAUCGUGAACCAUUCCAGCAUCCAGCAUUAGAAAGAUUAGAGAGCAUCACACUGCAGAGGCAAUUUGAGCUGCUCGAGAAGGACCGCAUGGCAGGCUUAGGGAAAAGAUACGGACUGGAUGGGGUGGUACGGUGGAAGCCCAAGAAUGUAAGCUUCUAUGCGACCCUUUAUAUCUAUGCACUGGGCACUAACAGGACGCCCACAGGCCAGGGAUUUAUGGAAAGCAUCUGGGUUUCCACUCAUCAUUCAGCAGGCGUUAUAUGCAGUUAUAGGGGCAGUAGCAUUACAGCGGGGUGGACAAGUCGCGAAUGA